AUGGCAAUUGAAGGAUUAACGCCAGAACAGCUAGAGACGUUUCAAAGGGAAGGGGUCCUAUGCAUACCAAACUUUUUGAAUAGUGAACAAAUACAACAGUUGGCUGAUAGAUCGCACGCCCUUUUGAAUAACUUUGAUUUGAAAGACCAUCCGAAGACACAAUUCAAAACCAACGACAACGAUCAUAUCGGAGAUCAAUACUUUUUUGAUUCAGCGAAUAAGAUUUCGUUUUUCUUUGACGUGGAUGCGUUUGAUAAGGAGAGUGGCGAGUUGCGGUUCCCCAAGGAUAAGGCCAUUAACAAGGUUGGGCAUGGGUUGCAUAUGAAAGACGAACUUUUUCAUAAGAUUACAUUUGACAGUAAGGUGAAGGCAAUUGCAAGGUCGUUGAACUACACAGACCCCAGGGUAUUGCAGAGUAUGUGCAUUUUCAAGCAACCUCAAAUGGGAGGACAUGAUGCUCGAGAUAAUUCGGUACCCUCGCAUACUGACGGAACAUUUUUGUACACCGAACCCCAGUCUGCUGUAGGUUUCUGGUUUGCAUUAGAAGACUGUACGGAGGAAAAUGGGUGUUUAUCGUAUAAUCCGGGGUCCCAUAAGCGAUUUCCUAUUACCAAGCGGUUUGCCAAGGUCAAUGGGGGCAAAAACGGGUGCAACUUCAUAUCUGUAGAAUACGAUACUUCGAAAAAAAUCCCAGAUGACUCCCCAAAUGAUUACAAACUCGUCGAAUGCCCUGUUGGGUCCUUGGUGCUUAUCCACAACUCCGUUUUACACAAAUCAGAGAAGAAUACGUCGACCAAGUCUAGGUAUGCCUACACAUUUCACGUAAUCGACGGAACCGCCAAGUACGAUAAAUUGAACUGGUUGCAGGUCCCUCCAUCAGAGGAAGGUGGCACUGAAUUUAGUAAGCUAUACGAAGAAUAG